AAAGAGAAAGAGAAAGAGAUAGAGACAGAGACUACUAUAACUUGAUCCAAGGUGAAGGUGAAGGUGAAGGUGAAGGUGAAGGCGAUGGCUUCAUCAAGUGGUGGUGUUCCCCCGGGUUUCAGGUUCCACCCGACCGACGAAGAGCUUCUUCACUACUACUUGAAGAAGAAGGUUACAUUUCAAAAGUUUGACAUGGAGGUCAUCAGAGAGGUUGAUUUGAAUAAGAUUGAGCCAUGGGACCUCCAAGAGAGAUGUAAAAUAGGUUCGACACCACAGAAUGAGUGGUACUUCUUUAGCCACAAGGAUAGAAAGUACCCGACAGGUUCAAGGACAAAUAGGGCAACAAAUGUCGGGUUUUGGAAGGCAACUGGGAGGGAUAAAUGCAUAAGGAAUAGCUUCAAGAAGAUUGGUAUGAGGAAAACCCUCGUUUUCUAUCGAGGAAGAGCUCCCCAUGGCCAGAAGACUGAUUGGAUCAUGCAUGAGUACCGGCUUGAAGAUGGUGAUGACAGCCAAGACAGCCCUAGUGAGGAUGGGUGGGUGGUUUGUAGAGUGUUCAAGAAGAAGAACUUAUUCAAGAUUGGAAAUGAAGGAGGAGGAGGAGCUAAUAGUAUUAGUAUAGCCCCAGAUCAGCUCAACAAUGACUCAAAUGCGCCGAAUCAGAUUCAGCCCCGUACCUUCUUUACACAUAGGCACAGCAGAGACGAUUUGUAUCUACUACACCAACAGCAGCAGCAGCAGCAGCAGCACACACAUGUACAUGGAAGCCAACAAACCUUUGAUCUAUACAAGUCUGAACUUGCCCUUAACUAUUCUCACAACCCCAUCCACAUCCCUAUUUCGGUACCUUAUCCUUCCCAUCACCAUCUUCAAGCCCAGAAUUUUAUCCCCCCUCCAACCCAUAAGUCGAUGGGCUACGUUGAUUACUCAACUCUUCCUUCAGAUUCACCAAUAAUGCUAAAACAACUAAUGUCAAACCCUAGAGAUUGUGAAAGUGGUGGGAGUGAGAACCUUCAGUACCAAGCUAGCGAGCCAGGGUUAGAGGUUGGGACAUGUGAAGGUUCAUCUCAAAAUAUGAUUGCUGUUGCUGGGCCUGGAAGAGAUGAUAAUUUGAAUGAAUGGGGAUUAAUGCUCGAUAGACUUGUAACUACUACUCCUCAUCUUGGUCAUGACGAAGGCUCAUCCAAAGGUGUGAGGUUUGAGGAUGCAAAUGCAUCAUCAUCAUCAUCAAUGCACCACCAAAUGAAUCAACAACUACCAUUGCGUGGAGAGAUGGAUUUUUGGGGUUAUGGAAAGUAGUAUUGACCGUGCUUUCUAGAAUAUAAUGGACUAGAGUAGUAGUUUCCAUAGCAUAUCCAUGCCUGAUGGCUCUAAUCACAUAAAACUAGUUCACAAUCAUCAUUCAACAAAAUUUAUAUAUAAAAAUAUUAUACCAAAUGAUAUAGCCCAUUCAUAUCCACUCAUAGAAAAUAAAAAUACCCACCACUGUAGUUAAUAAUUGCAAAAUCAAUCACUGCCACAUCAUUCUAUAAGCGUUUUUCUUUUCUUUCCUUUUUCUAAGAAUUCUGUAUGUUUUAGCACAUUACUAAUAUUAUUUGUUGCGUAGUUCAAGCCAUUUUAUUUCAUUUAUAUUACAAAAGUUCACUGCUUGUGUUCUUUGUCUAAUAGACUUGGUAACAACACAACCAAAUGGAAAGGAGACAAUGAGCCAAAUGGGUGACAUCCAAAA